AUGGGCCCCUGUACCGCCUCCUCAUGCUGCUGCCAGGCCCGUAAUCUGCCAUGGGCCCCCGUACCGACUCCUCAUGCUGCUGCCAGGCCCGUAAUCUGUCAUGGGCCCCUGUACCGCCUCCUCAUGCUGCUGCCAGGUCCAGAGUGUGUCAUGGGUCCCUGUACGGCCUCCCAUUGCUGCUGUCUCCAUCGCCACACUCUGCCAUGUGCCACUUUCAGGUCUCCUCACACUGCUGGUGGGUUCCAUUUUGUCAUAGGGUGCUGGCAGAUUACGGGCCUCCCAUUGCUGCUGCCAGGCCCGUAAUCUGCCAUGGGCCCCCGUACCGACUCCUCAUGCUGCUGCCAGGCCCGUAAUCUGUCAUGGGCCCCUGUACCGCCUCCUCAUGCUGCUGCCAG